GUGCUUGAGGACCUUUCAAACGUGUCGCAGGGUUUUCUUGGAGGAGGAAUGACGUUGAGAGGAUGUUUUCUCCGAUUCAUUUUCUCGACCCGGUUUCGGGAUAACGCGGCUGGAGGAAAUUAUGUCCCCCCAAUCGUCGCACAACCAGCUAAAUGAGAGCUCUCAUCUUCUGAUCUCUUCUUCGACAUGAAAACAUCUUACAGAUGAAUUCUCAACGGUAUCGAGAAUCGCUGCCAUGCUGUUGGGCGUGCUAGUCGUGUUUCUGGCCUUGCUGGCUUUUGCCAACGCUUUCCGCCAACACGCACGCUUGAAGUCCAUUCCGGGUCCCCUAAUUGCCGGGGUCUCACGAUGGUGGCACAUAUACAUGCGUACUUCCCAAGACUACGGUCGCGAGCUUUCCGCACUUCAUGCGAAAUAUGGGAAGAUAUUUCGCUUGGGACCGAACCACAUCAGUGUCUCGGAUCCAGAAGUCAUUUCCCAGCUUUGCCUGUCCCAGACGUACAGUAUCAGUCUAUCUUCCAACGCUCAGAUAUCUCCCAAUUUCGAUGAUUAUGGUGACCACGGUACUCCGACAGCUUCGUUCAGACAGCCGAUCAGAUUUGACGAAUAUGAAGGCAUCAACGAUGUCCCCCGCAAACAACUCUUGAGCGCUGUAAAUAGACAGCAUUAUGUAGACUUGGCAGCCUGGUUGAGGAUCUUCGCUACGACAUUCAUCGACACAUUCAUAUUCGACGAACCGUCUAAUACGGCUCGGAUGAAGACCCGAUCCACGAAUGCUCACUCGCCCCAGAUCACAUCUAUAGUAGAUCAUAUACUCUUCAACAGCCCUAUAUCGUCCAUGAAGAGAUACCGUGGCCGCCAACUCAUCCAUUAUGCAAUGCGCUCAAUCCACAACCUCGCCAUCCCUGCGCAAAGCGCUGGCCUUGCCAAACCAACCCCAGAUUCCUCCAUAACCUCCAACGACUCCAUUCCAGCAUCCGACGAUCUAGCUUCCGAAGCCGAGUCCAUGAUUGCAGCUUUCGUCUCCGUUUUUCCUUUCCUUCUUCGAUACCCCCAAAUUCUCUCGAUCCUCCAACACGAGAUCGAUUCAGCCUACAUCACCGGCGCCCUGUCCGACACCCCUCGCUGGGGCGAGAUCCGCCGGCUUUCCUACCUUAGCGCUGUGAUGAAAGAGUCCCUACGCCUAUCCUGUAGCCCCAAUACAGACAGAGAGUUUCGGACUUCCGCCUCAUAUGACCUCCGAUCAGAACCCGCCAUCCCGAGUGGGACGACCAUCAUCAUCUGCAACGCUUACGUCGCACAAUUCAACCGCGAGAUCUACGGAGACGAUGCGCACUUGUUCCGCCCGGAACGAUGGCUCCCCGUCGCCGAUGAUAACGCGCAGCAACGCAAGCGCAUGGAUCAAGCCCUUUUACUUUUUCAUCCAGGUCUGCGCACUAACACAAGGCUCCGCGCCGUCUGGCUGGAAUUGAAGAAGGUAGUUGUUCAGCUGCUGCUCAAGUUCGAUAUUCAACCUCUUUCAAAUACCGAUAUCGAGCCUACCCUGGACGUUCUCGGUUCUUCCCCGACCGUCUGCAUGAGCCCGCGAAGGCCAGGGCUCUAAAACAAACCCUCAGACAUACCAUUCAUUGGCUUUCAACUUGCUCUACUUGAGUACAGACAAAAGACGCCUUUAUCUUCCUGCUUUCAUGUUCUCAACCGCAUGAUUCUUUCUCCUCCAAAGAUUCCCAGCACACCGGCAGCAUUUAUUUCCGCGUCUAAUGUUGAUUUUGUUCC